UGUAUAUCAAUGUAACAAGUUUUAUAAUUUAAUGUUAUAUAAAAAGAAAUGUAGCCUGUCUGUCCAAAUAAUUAUUUUGGGCCCCAAGAAGAGUAGAGUUGGUUGGGGAAUGUUCAAGACUGUAAACACAUGACGUUCCAUGAACGCGCUGCUUUGUUUUUGGCAGCUCAGAUCAAAAAUCAACAAUGAUAGUGACGCGUUGCUGUCUACCAACAUUUUGCAAUAUUGUUUAGUUUAAUGGCUUUUUAGUUGCUGUUUUUGUCUCAUUAAUUCGUUUAUUUAGAAAUGACAAGUCACUGACGAACAUAUUAAGUUUUUUAUUACUUGUUAGCUAGCAAUGGCUAUUGAAACCUCUAAGAUUAGCUAGUUAACGUUAGCUAGCGUUAACAGUCCAACGUUGCUUAAAAAAUUAAACCGCUCUAACGUCAGUUUAAGUGUUUUGAUCGCAAUUGUUGAGACCUCAACAUGUAUUCACAAUAAUGGCCGUUUUGAACUCUAAAGUAUUAUGUAAAUUAUUGAUUUUUAGUGUAACUAUUAUUGCUGUGAGUCAGUCGACAAGGCUGAAUGUUCCCAAGUUACUUUUGCCCAGAUCAAAUCAUAAUCUUGUCAACUUCACGUUGACAGCGGAGAAGGGAUGCUAUAAAUGGGUGUCCUCCCGACCCCAGGCAGUCGUUGUUUGGCCCCUCUCUCCUUCCAUCCCUCCCUCCAUCCUCCCUCCAUCAGCCUGUAGCCAGCAGGUUCUAGUGUCCGCCCGGCCUCUGUCCGCUCCACUGGACACUAACCGAGGGGCCAGCAUCAUACUGGGACAGGACUCUGUGACUGGCCAUACCUUGCGCUGUGACGUCAUUGUUGACCAGAUCAAGCAGAUUCAGAUUGUCACGACGACACGUCAACUGUUCACCGAGGACCCACCCCUCGUGCUCUCCGUCAUGGCACUGGACUCAGGAGGCAACACAUUCAGUAGUCUGGCAGGUCUACAGUUUGAGUGGAGGCUAGUAAAGGACACAGAGACAGGGGAGAUUGUUAGGUUUGUGCGUUUCUCAGAGGCGGGCUAUUCCCCGCCCCAUCACAUCCUGUCCCUGGAGGAAGCAGGUCAGAAAGGGGACAGUGUGUUGCUGGAGGGGGUCCGUAGCGGUGUGGUACAGGUCAGGGCCUCCCUCUCGCACCCAGACUACAAGUGGGUAGAGCCGGCCUCUGUGAGCCUGACCGUGACAGACAGACUCUACCUUAGCCCCUCCCAUGAUGCCUACCUGCUGCUAGGCUCCACGCUCUCCUUCAGAGUCUGGAAAAGUGUACAUGACACAGAAACGGAGGUGCUGCUGGGUGAGGGAGAGUAUGAGUUGUCUGUAGAGAGAGACCCAAAUAACCAUGAUGAUGUCAUCACUGUGGACCAGGACACAGGGACCGUCACCGCCCGAGGGCUAGGCCGCACCACGCUGUCUGUCACACACCCCAGCCUACCAGAAAACUCUGCUUCCCACCUGCCUCGCUGUUCUGUGUUUGUGGUGGAGCCAAAUUACCUGACGCUAGGUGUGGAGGAGGAGGACAGGUGGGUGUUGGAGAGUGGUCGUCAGUACCAGGUGACUGUACGAGUUCACGACCAGGAGGGUCACACAGCACACCUGGCACAGAAUGUGGUGAUGACCGUGGACUUCUCUGAUUGGCUGUUCUAUGUCCUGGAGACUUCCUCUAACAGUUCCUACCAUGUACUAGAAACACGAGGGGCUGGGCACACUACCAUACGAGCUGCACUGUUCACUGUGCUCACUGAGGAUGGCCGCGCGUUGCCCCUGAUACCACCAAUCAGAGCAGAGCAAGAAGUUGAGAUCUACGAGCACCUCAGCCUGCAGCCCCGCCUACUAGUGUUUCCUUGGCAACCUGAGGGACAGCUCUAUCAGCACCACUUACAGGUAGAGGGUGGCAGUGGUGCUGUGAGCUGGUCGGUGAGUGACAGUGAUGUUGCCGUGGUUACAGUAAAAGGGGAAGUCAUGGCGGGAAAGAGAAGGGGCCAAGUGAAUAUCCAGGCAUCAGACGCACGCAACCCUCUACACACCGCUACUGGACAGGUGUACGUGUUGAGGCCAGCUGGUGUGGAUGUCCUGGCCCAGAGAGGUGACUGUAGGGUGGGAGAGACCAUCACCCUUCCCCUGGCUGUCUGGGGGGUCCAGGAGGAGGAGACCCAGGCCCAGGACCCUCCCCAGGGAAGCUCUGGCCCCCAGACCCUGCUGGAGGUGACAGACUGCUCUCUCAUCAACCUCCAUGUCACCACGUCACCACAGGGGGUAUUCACCCCUCUACCAGGUUCUGUGGGUCCAGGCUCAGGGUUCUGUGGAGGACUUCAGCUGGAAGCAGUGGGACCAGGCCACACCCUCAUCACUAUCACCGUGGAAAUGGAACACUACAACAUCACUUCCAUGGCAACGCUGGCCGCCCACAGUCCCCUCAAGGCCCUGGUUUCAGAGGUGGUCUUGUCUUUGGGUGCGUCUUGCCUCGUUGUCUUCGAGGGGGGGCCACAGCCCUGGCCCCUGGUCCCUGCACGUUUCCAUGGCGAUGCCCAGGCUGAGGGAGAGGGGCUGGGCGUGGAGGCUCUCAGCCUAUCAGAGCCCAGGAGAGCCCAGCAGCACACCUACAGGGUCACCUGCCACGCCCUGGGGGAACAGUGGCUGGUGUUCAGCAGUGGGAACUCCCCAGGUCCUCUGAACCAGGAUCCCUCAGUAGAGCGGAGCAGAGUGAGAGUAGACUGCAGCGCCCCGGGUUCUCUCUCUCUCUCCCUCCUCCCCUCCUUUCCUCCCUCCAUCCCUCCAUCCUCCCUGUCCCACCCGUGCCCUGAGCCCCACUAUCCUGCCAGUCUGUUGUCUGUGUCCAGUAGCAGGGAUGCUGUGCUGCAGUUAGCAGUGUUUGACCACCGGGGGGUGCAGUUUGACAACUUCAGCUCGUGCUCAGUGAACUGGCUGACCUCUAACUACUCCCUGCUGUCUCUGCCCUCACACACACACAUGGGCUUGGCAGACACACACACACCCAGCGGCCACAGCAAACUGCACGGUCGUCAGGUGCUCCGCACCCACGAUCUAACAGGGACAGUCACCAUCACUGUGGCCCUCACACCUGCACAGGACUCAUGGGCAACACCGCUGACUGCGUCUGUGCAUCUGAGACUGGUGGAGGACGUGCUGUGGGACAAACGUGCUAUAACCCUCUAUAACCACCCUGACGUCACUGAGAACCUGACAUUGGUUCAGGGUUCAGGACACUUCUUGGUUCGUCUUCAGGACAGAGAGCUGGCCAACAUCACUUACCUGGAGAACAGCAAUGUUGUACAGGUGUCUCCCCUGCGGCCCGGCCUCUCCUCCAUCCUGGCCUAUGACCUGUGUUUGACCUCUGCUGACCCUGCCGUGACCUCCAUCUCCAUUUCUGACAUCACUGACUUCCAGAUAGACUUUGUUGACAUUGUGGAGGUGGACCACAGUGCUCUGGUUCGUGUGCGUGUUCUAGACUCUAACAGGCAACCGUUCCUACAUCGUUACCUUCCUCUGAUGCACCUCAAACUGACCCCCUCCUCACCCAUCCUCACUGUGGAGCCUGCAGGGCCGUUGGACAGCGUCUCCGUAGGUUACCGUGUGUCGGGUCAUACAGUGGGAGUGGUCAGUCUUCACCUGUCUGCAGUGGACAGCAGUGGGAGUGUCCGGACUUCCUCUCACAAACAGCUACAGGUCUACCCCAGAUUCACCCUGCAGCCACGAAGUCUGGCACUGACACUGGGCAGCGUAGGACAGGUGAAAUGGGAGGGUGGCCCCCACCCCCAGUCCAGUGUGGGCUUCUCUGUGAGUGACAGCCGCAUCGCCACGGUGACCGAGACAGGAUUGGUCCGUGGAGUGGCAGUGGGCAUGGUCAAACUCAGAGGGGCAUUGCAGACCGUCACUCAGGACACCGGAGCUCUGCUCACCUUCGCACAGGAUGAGGUGGAUGUGGAGGUGUUUAACCUGACAGGGGUCAGGAUCCAGAGCCCUCUGGUCAAACUGUCUGUGGGCACUGAGAUGCCAGUGUAUGUGAUGGGCAGUGACAGUAGUCAGAACCCCUUUGCUCUGGGCAGUGUAGAGUCUGGUCUCUCCUUCCACUGGAAUCUGGGCAAGCUUGGAGUACUGGAGAUACAAACCCGACACACUGAGGGCAUGGGCAGCGGGCAGGACCAGUUUGAGAGUGACAGUUCAGCUGGCCAAUCACACGUCAGCCUCCCACCAGCAGCUUUCUGA